AUAAUAUCUCCUUUGGCUCUCACUUUACUCUCUCCUUUCUCACGCGUAAAAGCAUCCAUGGCGUCUUCUCCAUCCCCUGCUUCGGAUUUUCUAGUUCUUACUCUUUGGGCUCUGCUUGUAAUCUCUCCUGUUCACUCUCUGACUUGUAGUUCUCAGACCUUCACCAACAAUGGCCUCUACAAGAAGUGCUUGGACCUCCCCACACUUUCUUCCUACCUCCACUGGACCUACGACCAGUCCAACUCCUCUCUCUCCAUAGCCUUCAUCGCCCCUCCUUCCAAAUCUGGCGGAUGGAUCGCUUGGGCCAUCAACCCAACUGACACGGGCAUGAAGGGCUCACAGGCCCUCCUUGCUUUCAAAUCCGACAACGGGUCCAUGACCGUCAAGACCUACAACAUAAGCAACAUCGGGCCCGUCACGGAGUCCAAGAUCUCCUUUGAUGUUUGGGACGCGAGCGCCGAGUCCUCCAGCGGCGUCAUGAGGCUCUUCGCCAAAUUGAAGGUUCCCAGUAACUCCCAGACCAUUAACCAGGUCUGGCAGGUGGGGCCAUCCGUCACCGGUGGUGUUCCGGACGCGCAUAGCAUGCAGACAGCGAACUUGAACGCCAAGUCCACCCUUAGUUUGGUGGGGGAACAGACUGCCACUCCCUCCGGAACGGACUCUAGGACCAAGAAGAAAAAUAUUCAUGGAGUACUGAAUGUCGUGAGUUGGGGCAUUCUGUUUCCAACUGGAGCUAUCAUUGCGAGGUACCUAAGGACUUUUGAGUCUGCGGAACCCGCAUGGUUUUAUCUUCAUGUUUUCUGCCAAAUAUCUGCUUAUGCAAUUGGGGUGGCUGGCUGGGGGACCGGUCUUAAGCUUGGAAGUGAGUCGCCGGGGGUCCAAUACACCGGUCACCGCAAUAUCGGCAUCUCCGUCUUUUGCCUCGCUACGGUGCAGAUUUUUGCUCUAUUUUUAAGGCCAAAGAAGGACCACAAGUACCGGUUAUAUUGGAAUAUCUACCACCAUGGUGUUGGAUACUCGAUACUCAUCCUUGGCAUCCUCAACAUUUUCAAAGGUUAUGACAUUUUGCAACCUGCAAAGAAAUGGAAAUCAGCUUACAUAAUUGUGAUCAUUGUAUUGGGCGCGAUUGCCUUGUUGUUGGAAGCAAUUACUUGGAUUGUAGUUUUGAGGAGGAAGUCCAGCAAGUCCACCAAGCCCUAUGACGGAUUCAACAAUGGACAAGGCAGACAAUAAUUGCUUGACUUUUAGGGUCAAAAUGCAUUUGGUGCCGUUCUCUCAUGCCAGAUACUGAUUUUGUAAUAUCCCUGUCUUCUUGCUCAAGACAUCACGAGGUUUAUCUAUGUCAUCCUUCUAUUUCUCUUCCAAACUUUUGUUUGGCUUGUGUAUAAUGGCUUGUUGGAUAGGAUAAUUAUCUAUUACACACAGAGAUUGUUCAAUCUUUCGCAAUUAUGUCUGCUGUGUUUCAGUGGUUAGGUUGAUGAAACUUUCUAGGAUGUGUGCCUAUUGACAAAAUAUUUGAAGAGAAUCAUUUGUUCA